ACCGGGCAUACAUACCAUAGUCCUUUAUGCCCUGGUUUUACAAAUCAGAAUGCAAAAACACACUGCCUCCGGCGCGACCGAGGUCCUCGGAAACGUAGACCUCUUAUGGGAGAUCCUAAUUCGGCUGCCGUUGAAACCCCUUAUCCAAUCAAAGUGCGUUUCGAAGCGGUGGCUGACACUCAUCUCCGAUCAACGAUUUCGAGACGCUCACUCCAUUCACCAACACCGGCGCUACCCCACUUCCCUCAUUUUCUCCAACAUGUAUGAUAAACCAUCGCAAAUUCUCUCCUUUACCACCGCCACCAUAGUUCCAAAACUCCGUGUUCUUGAACUCAAUUUCCCCAAUGAGCAUGAUGAAGUCAUCGUUGUCCGUUCCUGCAAUGGUCGUCUCCUCUGCCGUGGCUAUGGUCCCAAUUACUUCAUCUACAACCCAAUCAGCGGAAACUUAACCACUCUCACUCCAUGGAGGCCUGAAAGUAAAAGCAUUGACUUUUAUCUAGCUUUUGACCCCUGCAUUUCUCCUGACUAUAAAGUCAUUUCAGUUGCACAACUGAAUUCACCGCUUCACUGGAUCUUCAAUGUAUAUUCCUUCAAAACUGGUUUGCAGAUAGGCCCUGAUGUUCCUAUAGAGAUCCCAUUUGAAGUAAUUGCUACUGAUGGGGUUUACUGCAGUGGUGCAAUUUAUUGGUGUUGCGGAAGUGAUUUCUCUGUGUAUUUUGAUGUUGAUACUCAAACCCUAAAAAAUUUCCCGAUGCCUUUGUCUUAUUUGGAAUGGAGGAACCAAUGUAUUGCGCAUUUUGAAGAAUCUGCUGGGCAUUUGUACUUGAUCCUUUGUGAGGAAACUCUCAAUCUUAAAGAAUUACCACCUUAUGAUAUUUUUGAGUUGAAGGAAGAUCGCUCCGGAUGGUUAUUGAGGCAUCGUGUUGAUCUUAAUCCCUUACGAGGCAGAUUUCCACAGAUACGUUGGUACUGCCUUGAUUUGAGCUUUUACAUUGUUCGCACAGUGAAAGAUGAGAAAUUAUCAUUUUCGGUGUUGAUUCUAGAUAUAAACAAAGAUGUAGGCGUUCUGUAUGAUCCAGUAGAUAAAGCUUCAACAAAAUUAUGUGAUCAUGAGACGGUCAACUCACCUGAACAUGUAUAUAGCUGGGGGUUCUUUAGUAUUUUGAAAACGUUGCUCCUAUAG